CUGUAGAGCAGAUAAAAUAUGGGGCCCCUGGCCCUUGAAGUUCAGUGUGUGUGUCUCUCUCUCUCCCCUGAGCUUGGAGAAAGGCAUCCGUAGCGCCUCCCUGGGGGACACGUAGAGGAGAGAAAAGCGACCAGGAUAAGAGUGGACAGAGGAAUAAGCAAGACUUGUUCUCCAUGAAACAGUCCCCUGCUCCGGAAGAGCGCUACCGCACAGCCGGGUCCCCAAAGCCGGUUUUGCGAGCUGAUGACAAUAACAUGGGCGAUGGCUGCUCUCAGAAGCUGGCGACUUCUAACCUCCUCCGGUUCCUAUUGCUGAUCCUGAUUCCAUGUAUCUGUGCUGUCAUUCUCUUGCUGGUGAUCCUGCUUUCCUAUGUUGGAACAUUACAAAAAGCCUAUUUUAAAUCAAAUGGGAGUGAACCUUUGGUCACUGAUGGUGAAGUACAAGGGUCCGAUAUCAUUCUUAUCAAUACAGCUUAUAACCAGAGCACUUUGGUGUCUACUGCACAUCCCAACCAGCACAUUCCAGCCUGGACUACGGAUGCUUCUCUCCCAGGGGACCAAAGUCACAGGAAUACAAGUGCCUGCAUGAACAUCACCCAUAGCCAGUGUCAAAUGCUGCCCUACCACGCCACUCUGACACCUCUCCUCUCAGUUGUCAGAAACAUGGAAGUGGAGAAGUUCCUCAAGUUUUUCACAUAUCUCCAUCGCCUCAGUUGCUAUCAACAUAUCAUGCUGUUUGGCUGUAGCCUCGCCUUCCCCGAGUGCAUCACUGAUGGCGAUGACAGUCAUGGACUCCUGCCCUGUAGGUCCUUCUGUGAGGCCGCAAAAGAAGGCUGUGAAUCGGUCCUGGGGAUGGUGAAUUACUCCUGGCCAGAUUUCCUCAAAUGCUCCCAGUUUAGAAACGAAACCGAAAGCAGCAACGUCAGCAGAAUUUGCUUCUCCUUGCAGCAGGAAAAUGGAAAGCAAUUGCUCUGUGGAGGGGGUGAGAGCUUUCUGUGUGCCACUGGAAUCUGCAUCCCCAGGAAACUGCAGUGUAAUGGCUACAAUGACUGUGACGACUGGAGUGACGAGGCUCAUUGCAACUGCAGUGAGAAUCUGUUUCACUGUCACACAGGCAAGUGCCUUAAUUACAGCCUUGUAUGUGAUGGAUAUGAUGACUGUGGGGAUUUGAGUGAUGAGCAAAACUGUGAUUGCAGUCCCACAACAGAGCAUCGCUGUGGGGAUGGGCGCUGCAUCACCAUGGAGUGGGUGUGUGAUGGUGACCACGACUGUGUGGAUAAGUCUGACGAGGUCAACUGCUCCUGUCAUAGCCAGGGUCUGGUGGAAUGCAGAAAUGGACAGUGCAUCCCCAGCACGUUUCAAUGUGAUGGCGACGAGGACUGCAAGGAUGGGAGUGAUGAGGAGAACUGCAGUGGCAGUCAGACUUCAUGUCAAGAAGGAGACCAAAGAUGCCUCUACAAUCCCUGCCUUGAUUCAUGUGGUGGUAUCUCUCUCUGUGACCCGAACAGCAGUCUGAAUAACUGUAGUCAAUGUGAACCAAUUACCUUGGAACUCUGCAUGAAUUUGCCCUACAACCACACAAGUUAUCCAAAUUACCUUGGCCAUGGGACUCAAAAGGAAGCAUCCAUCAGCUGGGAGUCUUCUCUUUUCCCUGCACUUGUUCAAACCAACUGUUAUAAAUACCUCAUGUUCUUUGCUUGCACCAUUUUGGUACCAAAGUGUGAUGUGAAUACAGGCGAGCGUAUCCCACCUUGCAGAGCAUUGUGUGAGCAUUCCAAAGGACGCUGUGAGUCUGUUCUUGGGAUUGUGGGCCUACAGUGGCCUGAAGACACAGACUGCAGUCAAUUUCCAGAGGAAAAUUCAGACAAUCAAACCUGCCUGAUGCCUGAUGAAUAUGUGGAAGCUCUUGUGGUAGAUUUUCGCUGUUGUGGUUGCUUUGAUUGUGUAAUUGCCAAUGCUGCUGAGACUUUCCAGCUGGAUGGUGGCUGGAAAACCUGUGGUUGUAAAGAGAGAGAUCUUUGGGAAUGUCCAUCCAAUAAACAAUGUUUGAAGCAUACAGUGAUCUGCGAUGGGUUCCCAGACUGCCCUGAUAACAUGGAUGAAAAAAACUGCUCAUUUUGCCAGGAUGAUGAGCUAGAAUGUGCUAACCAUGCGUGUGUGUCACGUGACCUAUGGUGUGACGGCGAAGCCGACUGUUCAGACAGUUCAGAUGAAUGGGACUGUGUGACCCUCUCUAAAAAUGUGAACUCCUCUUCCUUUCUGAUGGUUCACAGAGCUGCCACAGAACACCACGUGUGUGCAGAUGGCUGGCAGGAGGCAUUGAGUCAGCUGGCCUGCAAGCAGAUGGGUUUAGGAGAACCAUCUGUGACCGAAUUGAUACAAGAACAGGAGAAAGACCAGCAGUGGCUGACAUUACACUCCAACUGGGAGACUCUCAAUGGGACCACUUUACAUGAACUUCUAGUAAAUGGGCAGCCCUGUCAGAGCAGAAGUAAAAUUUCUCUUCUGUGUACUAAACAAGACUGUGGGCGACGGCCGGCUGCCCGAAUGAACAAGAGGAUCCUUGGGGGUCGGACGAGUCGCCCUGGAAGGUGGCCAUGGCAGUGUUCUCUGCAGAGUGAACCCAGUGGACAUAUCUGUGGCUGUGUCCUCAUUGCCAAGAAGUGGGUUCUGACAGUCGCCCACUGCUUCGAGGGGAGAGAGAAUGCUGCAGUUUGGAAAGUGGUGCUUGGCAUCAACAAUUUGGACCAUCCAUCAGUGUUCAUGCAGACACGCUUUGUGAAGACCAUCAUCCUGCAUCCUCGCUACAGUCGAGCAGUGGUGGACUAUGACAUCAGCAUCGUUGAGCUAAGUGAAGACAUCAAUGAGACUGGCUAUGUUCGGCCUGUCUGCUUGCCCAGCCCAGAGCAGUGGCUAGAGCCUGACACGUAUUGCUAUAUCACAGGCUGGGGCCACAUGGGCAAUAAAAUGCCUUUUAAGCUGCAAGAGGGAGAGGUCCGCAUUAUUUCUCUGGAACAGUGUCAGUCCUACUUUGACAUGAAGGCGAUCACCACUCGGAUGAUAUGUGCUGGCUAUGAGUCUGGCACAGUUGAUUCAUGCAUGGGCGACAGUGGUGGGCCUCUUGUUUGUGAGCACCCUGGAGGACAGUGGACAUUAUUUGGAUUAACUUCAUGGGGCUCUGUCUGCUUUUCCAAAGUCCUCGGGCCUGGCGUUUAUAGUAAUGUAUCAUAUUUCAUCGAAUGGAUCAAAAGACAGAUAUACAUCCAGACCUUUCUCCUAAAGUAAUUAUAAGGAUCAUCAGAGACUUUUGCCAGCUACACGAACAGAAAAUGGUCUUCUUGACUGUGAAGAGCUUUCUGCAGAGAGCUGUACAGAAGCACUUUUCAUGGAUAGAAUUGCUCAACCAUGUACUGCAAAUCUGCAUGUUUGUUUUGGACUAAUUUUCCUCAACUUAUUUUUUACCUUCAUUUUUCUCUUAUUUCAGGUUCAAUGAAAGGCUUUACAAAAAAUAACACAAAGCAGACUUUGUUCUUUUGCCAGGCCUAGCCAUGACUGUAGCACAAAAUUAUCAACUCUAGAGGGAUUUAAAAUCAUGCAGGUGCUACAAUAACAGGUUAUGGAAUGUUCUCUUUUAUACCAUCACAAAAAAGAUAUAGAGAUUUAGGCUGAUUAAUUAUCUCUGCCAGUUUUUGUUUCUCAACUCAGCAGCAUAGUGGUAAAUUUCACUGUUAACAUUGGAGACUUGCUUUUGAUUUAUUAAAAGCCAAGAUAAUUUACACAUUUAAAGUAUUUACUAUUACUCUUCUAACGUUUGCGUAAUUCUGAGAACUGAUAAAAGACAGCAAUAAAAGACCAAUGUCAUCCAUAUAGGUAGCAAGACAUAUUGAAUGCAAAGUUCUUUAGAGAUCAGUAUUAACACUUGCAUUAUAGAACCCCCAUUCUGGAUGUAUAUCAAGCUUAUAAUUUUAUAGAAGAGUUUUUAUAGAACUUUCCCAUAGCUGGGUUUUUUCAGUGUAUAUCAGUUGGCUGAUGAGACUGCAACAACUAGGUUGAUAUUUAUGGGCAAUACUUUGUUUUACUUAUGUGGCAAAGAACUGGAUAGAAGCUUUGCAAAGGAGAAUUUAGAUGAGAGAUACAAUUUUUAAAAAAGAAAAUUAAAUUGCAUCUCUUGCUCAAUUAAAUAUUUUUCAGUUUUCUUGCACUCAUGUGUGCCAACAAGGUCAUAAAAACUAUAUUUUAAAGCAUUGUAAAACUUUGCAUGGAGUAAAACAUUUGGUAACUUUCCUCAAAAGAUGUUUAAUAUCUGGUUUCUUCUCAAUGGUAAUUAAAAUUAUAGAGAUGAUUUUAAGCACUAGGACACUUUAUGCAAAUCAAUUUCUGAAGCAAUUAGUGGUUAAAAGUAUUUUUCCCACUAAAAAUCUUUAAAACACAAAUCUUCACAUAUACCUGAUUUAAUUAGGCAUCCAUUUUGCCUUUUAAACAACUAGGAUUCCCUACUAACCUCCACCAGCAACCUAGACUGCCUCAGCAUUCCAGAUAGAUACUACCAGCAAUUUUAUACAUGUAUUUUUUAACUUUUCUAUGUGUAAACAUAUAUGAAAUUCAAAAAAUUGUCUUAAUAAUUUCCAUAUUAUUCAUCUCCUGUCUUGCAGUUUGUAUAAACCUAAGGAGAGCGUGAAAUCUAGCAACUGAAUUGUGGUCACGAUUGUAUGAAAGUUCAAGAACGUAUGUCAGUUUUGCUAUAGUGGUAGGUACAUUCUUAAUGUAUCAACUUUUAGCCUUGCUCAACUUAGGUUCAGUGAAAUAUACAUAUUAUACUUAUUUUAAAUAAUUCUUAAUACAAAUAAAAUGGUCUAAUCACUUUUUUUUAAAUGGAUAUGGGUUACAAGUCCUAGGAAAUUGUUUCUAUCUCUAUAAUGGCGUGCUGGCACCUGUUUGCCAAUCACAGUUCGCCUCCCUUAUAUCUCACUCUCACAGGUGUGUGCACUUUUAUUUUAGAGGACCAAUGGCUCCUUGAUUGGUCUGAACUUAGAGGUUGCUAAUAGUCUCGAAUUGCCCACUGAGUGUUCAGUGAGAACUUUCGUCCUGGUAAGGGCGCAGAGAUCUUUAACAUCUAGGAUAAAUUUCAGGAACCCAACACAAUUAUUUUAUAAAUCUUUUGUAAUAAGGUUAUAUCCCAAAUAUAUAUACUAUUAAUCAAUUUUGUUUACUGAGAGCAAUGAUAUAAUACUUGGUCCCCCCAAAUUUGGUGAAAUACACACCAGCUUGGGUAACUUUAUAUAAAAGAGUAUUGACUUAUAAAUGUCACCAUUUAUAAGGCUUCAUACAGAUUCCAACCUCCUUAGCCUAAGGUCCAGAUGUGUUUCAGAAUUCAAAAUUUUUCAAUUUUUAAAAAGGAAUACAGUUUAGCACUCAGUAAUGAAAUAUAUUAAUAUUUCUGUAGCAAAGUAUGUGAAGAUUACAGUAAGUAAAGUACAUAAAUAGCCUUAUAAUUUGUUCGGGACAUUGAAUUUAUGCCUAAUUUAAGAAAUACAUUUCAGUUUUCAGAGGUUUGGAGAUUUUGGAAUUGUGGAUACGAGAUUGUGACCCCAUAACAUUAACACUCAAUAUUUUCCUCUAUUCAUAUGUACAGAUAAUUGGCAUUCUGAAAAUUGAUUUUUUUCUUAGUGUUUUUUAGCUCAUUCUUUGUCCUCAGAGUCUAACCUUUUUAUUUACAACUGAAUGUAUCUCUAAAUUAUUGUUUAUCAGAAGAUGACAAUCUCAGGGAAUGAAUGGCAGUUGCUAUGAGGAUAAUAAAUGAUAUGACAUCAGUGAUUUUCCAUAUAAGAAAAGGCAAAAGCAAUAUGCUGGUAAAAGACAUGGUUCGUGACUUUCCUUCUAAGUUCUGGUACUAUUCACAGUUGGAUUCGGCAAAUGUUUACAAGAGUGAUGACAGUUUUUCAGUAUACAUGAUUUAUGAAACAGUUUAUUUAAAAAAAAAGUCAUAAGAAAGCAGAAAGUAACUUCCAUUAGCUAUGUAGAUUUUGAAAGUUCUAGAAAUCAGCUUAUGUAAAAGACUUUGCAAUAAUAAUAGAAAGCUACAAAAAUAUCAGACCAGAAUAGUUGGCAGAAGGUAGAAAACUAAACCCUGAGAAUAACAGUCAUUAAGAAGACCUUGAUGUAGACAUCGCAUGUGAGCAUGGAGACUCAGGAAGGACAUUCUAGAUGAUUGGUGGCUGACAACUUUCAAAUACAAUACGUAGAGAUAGGAUUUCAAAAGAACUUCAACAGGAAUAUAUGAUCUUAUAACAGCACCUGUCCUUACUUAGUAUAGUUUCUUUGUUAUAACUAAAGCCAGCAUACAUGAUUUGCAAUAGCAGUAAACUUGCUGUAGACAUUCCUGUCCUCAAAUGUAUUUUAAAACCAAAUUUUUCUGAGAACCUCAUAGAAACCUCCAGAGAACAACUUGUAUUAUUUUCAGUUUAUAUCUCUUAUUUUAGAGGCUCCAACACCUGAAAAGUCUCAUGGUAUUGUAAAACACUAUGAACCUUCAAGAGGUCUCCAGAAGAUUGUUUUGAAAUUGAUUGUAUCACUUUGAUUACGCUAUUGUCAGUUUUAGAACACUGGAAAUUGCCCAAUAGGCUACAGGCAGAGCUGAUGUCUGCCUGACCUAUGGCUUCAGUUUCCUAAUUGACAACAUCUAUACAGAGGCAGAUCUCAUAAAAGGUCUUCUCCUGACUGGAAGCUGAGAGAGGAAUGCAUUCCUGAUCCCUGAUGAAACCCUAGAAUCCCUCUUUCCCCUUUCCAGUGAAGGCUCCACCUC